AUAAUAAUGACACGCCCACUAGCAGUCACAUGACUUACACACGGGGGCUGUUGUAAAGAAAAGAUGGCGUCGGUUUCAGAAAUGUACGAUGUAGGCUGGGAAGAGAUGCGAGACAAGUUGCGCAAAUGGAGAGAGGAUAACUGCAGAAACAGUGAACAAAUAGUGGAUGUUGGUGAAGAGCUCAUCGGUGACCAUUCAUCAAAACUGGGGGAUGACAUAUGGAUUAUUUAUGAACAGGUGAUGAUUGCAGCGUUGGACUGCAGUCGGGAUGACUUAGCUCUGACCUGUCUACAGGAACUGAGGAAGCAGUUUCCAGAUAGCCACAGAGUGAAGCGAUUAUCGGGCAUGAGGCUGGAAGCUUUGGAAAGGUAUGAUGAGGCCAAUAAGCACUAUGAUGCCAUUCUUCAAGACGACCCUACAAAUACGUCUGCAAGAAAACGCAAGAUCUCUAUUUUGAAAGCCCAGGGAAAGAGCCCUGAAGCCAUCCGGGAGCUCAAUGAAUAUUUAGAGCAGUUUGUUGGGGACCAAGAAGCAUGGCAUGAGUUGUCAGAACUCUACAUAAAUGAGCAUGAUUAUGGAAAGGCUGCAUUUUGUCUUGAGGAGCUGAUGAUGACCAAUCCCCACAAUCACUUGUAUUGUGAGCAGUAUGCUGAGGUGAAGUACACCCAGGGAGGCUUGGAAAACCUGGAGCUGUCUAGAAAGUAUUUUGCCCAGGCUCUGAGGCUGAACAACAGAAACAUGAGAGCAUUGUUUGGUCUGUAUAUGUCUGCAAGUCACAUUGCUGCCAGUCCAAAGGUUAGUGCCAAGGUGAAAAAGGACAACAUCAAGUAUUCUGCUUGGGCUGCCAAUCAAAUAAAUAGAGCCUAUAAGCUGGCCGGACGUGGGUCGAAAGAGAACAAGUGCUCUGUCAAGGCAGUGGAGGAGAUGCUGGAAACCAUGUCCUAGAUGUCCUUCCAUCUUUAGAUGACCACAUGCUCUUGGAGCCAUAUGGCAGCUCAAAUAGCCCUAUGACUUGAAGUGAAACUUAAUCUAACAUUGGUUUGUUUUUGUUUUGUGCCCUUUCAAGUUUUGGUCUGGUAAUUGGCUGAAAUUGAUAUGGACAAUGGCAGCGUGUUGCAUCCUUUCAAAUGAAAACAUUUGUCCUUCCAUCUGGUAUGUUGCAACACAAUUCCCAAGUAGUCUAACUUGUUUUAAUGUUUGACAUUCAGUUGUCUUGACCUAACAGGCUACAACAAUGUGGACAAGACAGAGAAAAUGAUUUUCAGUAAAUGCUAUUCAUGGAGACGGUGCAUUGAUAAAGAAAACUUGCCUUUCAGUCAAAUCUAGCAAAAUGUCUUAAUAAAAGUUGAGCUGAUUGACAUUUU